UAUAGGUGUAGUCAAGAUUAUCAACCGUAAAGUGUAGAAAAUAUUUAUAAACCAACAUGUUAAUUUUAAGACUGCACUUGUUUAUACCAGACGAUGAGGUGGUUUUUUCAUAAUGAAAUAUUUAGAUGUAGUUCAAACUGCCAAGGAUAACACUUGACAGAUGCCGUAACCGAGCAAUCGAUUCUGUGAUCAUUUUCAUCGAGUUCUAAUAGCGGCGUUCUUUACGAUGACAGAUCAAACUAUGGAGUACAGGAAAAAACGCACAUUUUCCCUUGAAUUGGACGAUCCAUUUUUGUUGCAAGGCAUUCGAAUUUCCUCAGUACAAGGAAUUAUACUAGCAAUGGUCUUUGCCGUUGUUGUGGCGAGUGCGUUUCAUACCUUGAAUUUCAUCAUUCAUUUUAGGGAAAGGCACUGUCUGAAAAGGAAAACCGAUUGGUAUCAUUACGUUUCCACAUUUUAUCAUAUGGUAUCAGCAUUCCUGGCCUAUGUCAUGGUGUACUGUGUUAUGACGUAUAACGUUUGGCUCCUGGUGUCGAUUCUUCUCGGGUCUGGUAUAGGACAGCGUAUCAUUGGACCCUUCAUAUCAAUAUAUCUAGAGAAGAGGUAUCUGUCAGUCAAAAAUGAAACUAACGAGAUUUUCACUGACUUGUUACCCGAACGUGUUACUCCAAGCAAUGAUAAUGUUGACAAUGGUGAAAUCACAUAUCCCCAUUCAGAACAUGCCGGUGGAGAUUGUGUUUUAAAACAAGGUUCGAUGCAAAUUCAGUUGGAUGACUUUCUUAUUCAUCAACCACGCCAUCUAGAUUUAAAAAGUGAUAGAAGUGUUAACGCGACACCACAGAUAGAAGAGGUCGAUCAGACGUCUGAAUACGACAGUCUUGAUGGAGAUAUAAAGCCUAUUCAGAGUUAGACGUGUUUCAGUUACAUGUAUGCGUUACCAAGUGAAUAUCUUAUAAGACUGUUUCAAUGGUAAAAGGUGAGGAUGGAAAUAUCUGGCUCGAGGGUAACUGUUAAGGCGGUAAAGAGGCCCUGUUGAGUCACCCGAAACAGUUACCCCAGAGCCAGAUAUUUCCAUUGGCACAUUUAACUAGUAAUAUAUCUCCAUAUUCUUUUUCAUGUAUGCCGUAUUCUUCAGUUAAUAGAACAAAUAAAGUAAAA